UUAGCCUCGCCAUGACCCUCCGGCGGCUCCUUUGGGGGCUGUUGCUACUGUUUAGGGCUGGGGCCCAGGAUGGGGACCACGAUUUCCAACCUUCGCUUAUCCACAUGUCUGGGACAAUUGUCACAGCUUCGUUGACCAACAGUCAGGCGGAUAUUUUCUCUCUUGCUGUAGCAGACAAUGAAACUGGAUCAUUGCCUCUUUCAGAUUGUAGUGGGAGAAACAGAACAGAUGACUGGAGCUUGCAAGUCGUGCAUCAAAGGAAUGUCUCCAGGGUGACAGUGUCCUUGACCAGGCACCUGCAACUGUGUGUCUCAAACGUCACCGAUUGCUGUGUGGAGGCACUGUGCUUGCUUCAAACUUUGCAGGUCUCAGCUUGUCAAGAUGGAAAGGUGGUGGCCCGCCUUUUAAUCCAAGCAGAAAUAUAUGCUAAUACGUCUUCAGGAAACACGACUGGAAACACAGAAGAGAAUGCAACGAUGAUCCCCAAUCAAGUGUUUCACCCCUUGGGCUCCUGUCCCUGCAAUCUUACCUCAGGAGCAUGUGAUGUUCGGUGCUGUUGUGAUCUGGACUGUACCCCAGAGAUGAAGCAGCUUUUUGAGGGCUCGUGUUUUGAAGGGGUGUUUGGUGGGGACGUCAAUCCACCUUUUGACCAACUGUGUUCCGUCAAAUCAGGAAGCUUGGCUCCUGACUGGUUCCCCUUCUUAUGUGUGCAGUCUUCCCUUAAUAAUUCACCUUUUCUUGGGUACUUCUAUGAUGGUUCUACUUCUUCAUUCCAAGCCUCUUCCUUUAAGCUUCCAUUGCAAACUGGUCCAGGAAAACUAUCGAACGGUUACAGGCAAGGGGAUCCUAUCCUGUCUGUUCCUAAUGACUAUUUUACAGUUCCACAGUCAUUCAUAGCUGGACAGUGUGCAAGAAAUGCCCCCGUUUCCUUCCUUCGGAAUUUUGAAGCUGAAUGUGUUGCUACUUACAAGGAGGCAGGAAGCGUUGCCUUAGAUAUAGUGAUAAACAGUGGUGUUGGAGAUGACAUCAAAGCAGAGGUGACCUCUGAGAACCAAAGCUCUGUCUUGGUCAGUGGUGCAGGUAAAGAAUGCAGAAAUGUGAGCUUUGCUGAAGAUUACAUCAUCACAUGGGAAGGCAAAAGAAUAAAAGGAUUGAAGAUCAAAGUCCUUUAUGGGGUGAUCUGUCCAGAAGAGACGAUAACGCAGAAAUUCACCGUCACAUUUGUGAGCGCAAACGUUACAAGCGUGGAGGAAUUCUCGGGGAAUCCAGGUUAUCAAGUUGGCAAGCCAGUUAGAGCAGCAAACCUGAGUUCCUUGGAUCCUGUUACCACUUUAAAACUUUGGAAGCCUGAUGGCAAGAACUUGUGUUCAUCAGGAAAUGUGACACCACUUUUGUUUGGACUCGGUUCCAUUUCUGGAUGCAUUGUAGAGGUGAAUCUUACAGACAGCUGCGCACAGUUGAGAGAGGACAUUGCCGCAAGACUUAAUUCCUUGGUGCAAGUGAGCCAUGUCGGAAAAAGAGGCAAUGCCCGUAAGAAUGUCCCAGAUGAUUGGGUGGAAAUCAUCCGUUUAAAUGCAGUUUCCAGUACAAAUGCAAGUGUUGGGAGUUUAACAGGAAUCUGUCUUGAUGUUCCUGCCCACUUGAAUAUUCAGAUUAUCACUGCUGAUGUGGGUGCAAUAGAAGGGAUUGCACAAGAAGAGAUACUUGGUGUGCAGAUUAGUUUUUCAACAAUAACUUGGCAAGUUCCAUGUCCUCUGGCUUGUCAAGAGAAAGUGAGUUCCCUUCCCAUCUCUGUUGCAGUGCAGUUUAUUAAAGUACCUGCUCAGCCCCCAGUUCCAAAGACAAGAUUUCAAAUUAACUACACGGAAUAUGACUGCAGGAGAAAUGAUGUUUGCUGGCCUCAACUUUUUUAUCCCAUGACACGCUACUACACCGGAGAACCGUAUUCGCACACCCUUGCCAAAGGCCUGGUGCUGGUUUUUUUCGUCCUCGUGGCCGCUGUGCUGAGCGAACCUUGGAAUGGAAUCCUCCGCCUGUGGAACAAGCCCUGAGCCUUCACGUCACCCGGAGCAAAGGGAGACCUCUUGAUCGCGCUUUUCUGUAUUUUUCUCACACGCAACGCACGCAUUUUACGGAAAGAGAAAGCGCUGGGCAUUUUCCCUAGGUGUAUUUUCUUAGAAAGAAAGGAAGAAAAAAAGAAUAAAAACACACAUGGACAAAAUUAGAACAGCGUUGCG